UUUGGUUGGCUGACGCUCGGUGCGUUGAGGAAAGUGGUAGCCGUGGUUGUGGUGCCGAAGCUGCGGAGGUGGCACACUGGAGACGGUUCUGUAAAGAUGUAAAUGGGUGCUUGAAACCUGACGUGCACUACAGUGCUCAGCUAAAAAGAUGGAGAACCAUGGCAUGGACACACUGGACAAUGAACAAGGGGGCAUCAACUUGCUUGACCUGCCCUCCGAGAUCAUCGAGAAGAUUUUGCGGCAUACAAACUUUGCAACCAUUAGCAAUGCGCGCAUGGUGUGCCACCACCUGAAUGAUGCCGCGUCUGGACUGCUCAACUCUGAGUUCGUGCGGCUGCGGUUGGCAAUGCAGCAGCGCUUCCAGGGCAUCAAGGCACAGAUGCCACGACGGGAGUCUGCGCGCCGCAAGCACCCACUGUCGCGCGAGUGUGACAUCAUCGAGACUGUGCACAUGCGCUUGACCCUACUGCAAAUGACUUUUGGAAAACACAUUGAACGCAAGCACUGCUGCUUCUUCCCAGGGGAGAUCUUGGACGAAGUGCACCGCAUCCUGAGGUACGUGGAGGUGACGCCCACACUGAGCCGUGCCUACAAGGUGACGGAUGAGCUCUUUGACCUGACCACCAUGGCCAUGGAGUAUUUCAAGGAGCACAUUGAGCCCACGCUGCCCGAGAUCAGCUACUUUGCAGCCGACUUCCUCGACUACCCUUCUUCCUACUCUUCUUCCUUGAAAAACCAGAUUUCGCUGAUGGACUCGCCACCACCUACAUGCACACAAGCUUCACUGUCCAGUGCGCCCCAGUCUCCCCAGCCACCUCCGGUCAAUCCAACGGUGAAAAAGCGCCUGCGCAAGCUGAGGGAAAGCAUGAAGAAAAACAGUGGACAGGUGUUGGCGCUGCGUCGAGAGCUGAAGCUGACACGACGGCGGGUGACCAGCCAACAGCGGCACAUAGUGGAGAUGAAGGCGCGCCAGGAUGACUACGACCAGAAGUUACAGACAACGUCGCGCAAGCUGAAUGCGGUAUUGCAGGAAUUGAACAGGUGCAAGACAGAGUUACAGUACUGGCGCUCCAAGUCACCUGCUGUGCCGGCCUGCACCUGCGGCAAGACCACUCCGCUUGGUGGGGGGCCUGCCCAAGGCGCCCCCAUCGAUUUCAUGCCCAUCGACUUCCAAGAGGCCGCCUCUUCCUCUUUCGGAUUGCAGGGUGAGGGCCAACUCAAGCUGGUGCCUGCGUGCUACGGCACUCCACCAGAGAACAUCGUGCUGAGCUUGAGUGACUCUGAGUGUGUGGCAUUUGAAGAAGUAAUCGCAGAGGCGUUGCCCGUAAACAAGACGGUGCCCGUUGACAAGUCAGCACCGCCAAGAGCGUGCAAGCGCAAACUGGAUCUGGACGGAGGCGCCACCACGUCAAGCCUGGUCAUCAAAGCACACAAAGUACAAAGGAGUUCAUUGCCAAACGUGAAUUAGCAACGCCACACCCCACUUAUCAUCCCCCUGGUAUUUUUACGUUCUCUAACUGUUGGGGAGGGAGGGGGGAGAGCUCAGCUAUCUUGUUGUGUGUGCAUCUCUUGCCCAGCGUAGUUUUUUCUUUUUUUCAGACCCCUUGGGGGUUGACUUUGGACGAAGCUUCUUACGAUUUCACAUCGCUUGUAGUGACAGGACUAAGAACUUGUGAGCAGUUUUUUUUUUUUUUUUUUUUUUUUUAAUGGGGCGCUUACUAGAUCAUGCCUAUAGCAGCGAAGGCUUCUUGUGGGCGCACAAUCAAUGUGGCUGGCUCAAUCAGUCGUGUGAUUGAUGUUUUUUUUUUUUUUCUCAAGGUGCUACAAGCUUCACAGUAAGCAAAGCCUUGACAUUGGUAUCUCGCCUCUCUUCUUUUCAUUGCCUCUACUUUUGUCACUACCGCCGGGGCACAUAACUUCGUGAGAGUGGAAUGAUACUGAUCUUGUUAGGUCACUGGAGCGGUGAGGUGUGCGCGAGAGAAAUGGGCAUCUGUCACAUAUGCCUGUUCCGCGAAAGCCUGUGCUAAAAGGUGACGCAUAACAAGGGGGUUUCCUUUAGCGGUAAAGUGCUAUAAGGUUACUGUUCCGUAGCGCGAGUGCUCUGGUGCUCUUUGUACGCAAUGCAGCACGAUCUGCUGGUGCAAUGCCUGUGUUCCAUAACUUCACUGCAAUAGCACUUGAGAAUAUGUGGCUUUGUCCUACUGCAUGCUGUUGUUCGAAUACUGCUGUUAGCCGAACUGUGUGCCUCUUGGUCCCCCCCUCCCCAUACAUGGUGCAGUUGAGUGAGGCUUGUGGAAGCUGAGUUGUUUGAACCAGUAUCACGUCUUUUUUUUUUUUUUUUUUUGCCAUUCUUGUGAAAUAUUUCGUAUGGAGUUCAAUAAUUCCACAUGCUUUUCUGUAUUUCUGUGGAAAUUGUGUAGAAUUCGUACCGAGUCUUGAUAAAUUCUGUUUGUUUUACAAUUAGUCGGACAGCAUACCGAUAAAUUUCAAUACGGCAUCUGCUAAGCAAAAGAAAGAAAGAAAGCAUUUCUGCUUCAGAUAUGGUGGAUCUAUGCUCUAAAGUGCAAACUGAAUGGCUUUUGACUGUAGUACCUGUGCUGUGGUAAUGUAAUAUUCUCACAGUCUCUUGAUCUGAAGGCACCUGGAGACUUGAAAAAAGGCAAGGAAAAAAAAAGACUGCCUUUGCUUUGUUUUUUGUAAUUUGGCACUUUAGUGCAUUUACGUAACUGCUUGCACAACCUUCCUACCGUAAUUUGAAGGUGCACCAUUUCUGUUUCAUGCUUAUUUUGAUAAAAGUGAUUUUGUGUGCAUGUGGCUGAUGAUAUUAUCUUACUAGGAAUGCUCCAGAUUCAUAUACAAUGAGAGGUACAGGGAUCGUCGUGUCACACACUUUUUCACAAUGACAAUCCUUCCCACUUUUUGAAAGAUCGUAUUCAGUGUAACGGCCACGUUGGCAGGUUAUGAUCGUCACUUUUUUUUUAAUUGCUGGUUGGCAGCACGCCACACAGCCUUCUAAAUGGCCAUCUUUGUUCUUGUGUCUGCUGUGUUCGGUUUAUAAAUGGCUGUCUUGGUAGCUCAACAAAAUGUAACGUUGAAUUCGGUCCCCGAAUCAAUGUGAUGCACAGCAUUGGAUGUCACUUGAUCCUACACUGUGGCCUUUGGUUGCUCACUCAGCUAUUCCUUUAAAGCUUCUUAUAUUCUUGCUGCUUUAUAAUUUUGCAACAAAAGCACGAAAUUCAAGAGCGUGCUAGCUUCUCCUAAGUCAUGCUCCCCUGUGCCUGAUGGCUCGCUGAUAAGAGUCAAUAAAUAAGUUACUUGUAGUAUUAGUGAAUAAACUUCUAAAACAGCGAUCUAGAACAUGUUUAUAAAAACAUUUGGACGUUUGGGAACAGAGCGAAGGCUCUCCAGUAGCUUCAUCAAUGUCUGAAAACCAGCAGCUGAGUGCGAUUCACCAAUAAAAUUUUUUGACAAUUGUAGAAUGUGGGCUAAUGAAAUAAGAGAACUUUAGAAGUAACUAGAAUGCAUUCUUUCAUUUACGCUUUCAGCAUUCUGCGUGUUGUUGGCAUAACUUCAGUUUGUGUGGUGCCUACACCAUCUUUGCCAAUAGGUGCACUGCAUCUAGGCACCUUGUUUUAUCAUUUUGCAUUUCAUUUGUCCAUGACCUUACAGACAUGCGUGUAAUGGCACACUGCAGCACGUUAUGUGCACACCUGUUUUUCUGUCUUCUUUGCUGUUAAAAGAGGAUUCACUUGUCGCUCCUCAAAAAAUGUGGUGCUCACCUCUUUCUGUGCUAGCCUUUUUAUUUCUCGUAAGAGUUUGCGAAUAGAAAUUUUCGUUACCAAAUUGAAUAGCGAAUAGUUUUUGAAUAAUGAACAGCCAUUUUCACCAUUAAUCUGAAGCAAUCUUCACGUGCUAGUAUUUUCACAGCAGUCGCAAGUUUUUGUUGUUGCAUUGCACAUUAUGAAGCGUUGCUUUAAAAGCAUAAAUGGAGCAUUGGGAGCAAAUAACCAGUAUAUUGGCAUAAUUGGGUCUCAUUGGUGUUUUGAAAUGUUAGAAAAAUAUUCGGAUUUACGAAUAGUGACUAUUUGAUUCGAAUACCGAAUCAACUUUCAAAUAUUCGCACACACCUACUUUGUUGCUUUGUUCGGGAUAAAAGGAAUGACAAUCUCUGCCUCUCAUACCUGUUUGCGUGGUAUCCUUACUACUCGAGUCACCUUCGUAGCCUCUCCGGAAUUGUUUCAGUGGCAAUGUAGCGCUUGUGUUCUUGCUCCCCUGCACAUUUUGCAGGUGGCAGUGGGGGGAUGGGUGUUGCAAAUAAUAUGACAUUGCACCUAACUUAUAGACAGAUUAUAAAGCCAGUGAUUGCAAGUAAGCAAUCAACGUCUUCUGCAGUCGCAUGCACUGGUCCGGCACCCAGAAUUUUUGUGCACUGAGCAGGGGAUUGAACUUGGCUACGCACCUUCGAGGCGUAGCCACUGCACUGCACAAGCAACAGAAACAAGUCAACACUCCCAAGUGUCAGCCUUCUCCCGUCCGUGUGCGUAAGUGCUAGUUAAUGCAUACAAGUAUUAAGUUAGUGCAGUUGUCAGCCUUGAAGGAAGGUUCUCGUAGCUAGUAGUAACCACUGCUUCAUCCACAGUUGAACCAUAAUUCAUUGUCAUCAAAAUCCAAAGUUGCAUUCACUCUUUGCACAAACAUCUCAAACUUUCUUGUUCACUUUCUUUUUUUUUUUUUUCUUUUGGGAUUUCUUUUAGCUUUUGGAGCACCAAAUAAAAAUCUGUGGGUCUUGCACAAAACCAACAAACAGGACCAAGCGGGGGCACACUCUGGGUUUCGUUUGUGUUGGCUCUUUGUCUUCAAAGCAACACUUCCGUGAGAAUUGCACAAGAGUUGCGCAGUUUCAGCACUACGCACAGGCAAUAACUACACGUGGUUACGCAUUUGUCACUGUGGUGUCUGCAGAGUGUACCCUGAUAGAAAUGUUUGCCAUCAUGUGUGUUUGCUUUUUUUUUUUUCUUCUUUCCUCAUUUUGUAAUGUUGCAUCUUGACGAGAAUGAUUGUGGCAAGAGCUCUGUGAUUUUUGUUUCCAGAACAUAACUCAUUUGAUUACCUACACCUUAAGCGGAUCUGCCUGCAAAGUUGUUCAAGUAAACAUUUUUCUCUUGCGUGUUUAAGGUGUUGUGGCCAAGUUGUGUGAGAGUGUAGCUGUAGGGGCUGGCUGGCUAACACCAUCUUGCUCUGAACCCAUGUUGUUUGAACAUACAAAAAAAAAAGAGGAUGUAAUGAAAUUCGGAUGCGUACUUAAGACGAGCAUUGACCGCAUCAGUGCGUUAGCAUUGUCAAAAAAAAAAUUGAAGCAAGUUUUCGUUGAUCAGGUAACGGUGCAUGGGUGGUAGCUCAAAAAUUUAUACCUAGGCUCGCCUGUUUCAUGCUUGUGUUUUUAGAUUUGUAAUGCUAUGACACACCAGAGUAUAGUAUUCGGUUGCGUCCUCUUAAGCUCUAUAUAUGUUUUCAGAGCGUGAGCACAGAGCAAUAUGUUAUUUUAGUAAACUUUGAAGCAGAAGCGAGGGCGGCCUGCAAUUGAGGGUGUAUUGUACGCAGCCAGUCUAGUGCAGUGAUUUUCAACUUAGCUGAAGAGCUUUACACCGCAUAUUGCAGUGUCUUUGAUUCAAAGGAAAGUUUUUUUUUUUUUUUUUUUUUUUUUUUUUUUUUGUACCUGUGCCUGAGUGUAUUUGAUGCCUAGCAAGCUUUUUAAGUGUGGCAAUUUGUGUGCAGAAUAGCCUUUGCUUCCACCUCUUCCUGCUGUCUGAAAGAAAGCCUUGUGUCUGUGUGCACAUGUGUGCACAUGUGUGCAUGUACUAGUGAGAGUGUGAACACCUUAUGCUUCAACUUAAGACUCUCUAUCUCUCACUUGCUUGAUCAUGAACUUAUUGCCGAACGUGUAUUGCCCAAAAGCACAGUCUUCUGAACGCUUUCUUCUCUCAUUUUUUCUUGGAAACCAACCACGAGUUGUGGAGUAGCGCAUGUUUUAUUAUUUGUGCCAAAUUGCCAAGCUUCUUCUUUAGGUUUAAAACGUUCAACCAGGCAUUCCCUGAAGCAUUGUCGCUUUAUAUUAAUGUUUGCAUUGGGAGCUGAAUGAAACGAAGACUAGGUUAUUUGGUCAUGUGCAAUUGUAUGUCUGUAGUGGUGGCCCCUUUAAUGGUGUAAGCAUUUCUAGUGGAACAAAAAGGGCGUCCAAAUAAUGGAACAAUCAUGCCUCGGUCGUGUACAGUUGUUCGAAUGGGAAGGCUCUCUUCAAUUGUGCUGGCUGCGUGAACGGCGUAACUUUGUGAAUUUUUAGUGUCUUGGAGAAAUCCGCAUGACAUUGUGCCACAUUUUUAGUAAUGACACGUUGAUGUGUUACAUUGAGUGUGCCUUUGUGCAUUUUCUUUUUUCGCUGUUGCACUAGUACUGUAGGAUAAAACAUAUAUCAGAUUGCUUGUCUCUUUAAAGUGGAUGUAUACUGUAGCGUUGUGUCAUGUAUUGCAGUUUUCAUUGCCUUAUACAUUUUUUUUUAAAUUCUCGCUCAACUAUGGUUGCAUUCUCUACCUCUUGAGGUUGUUGGGCAGUACUAACAAGCAUUUUUUUUUCUCUUUCCCGUGACCCACAGAAGAUCUCAAAUCUCCAAAUGUCACAAUGUAACAACAUACACAACAAAGAUACCAGUGUGUAUUUUGCACAGUUAUAUUGUGACUGUAGCUUAACGCUGUAAGCACAAGAUGGUUAUUUAUUGUUUCUUGAAAUAAAGCUAACACUUCACAA